AUGAUGCCGCCUGCUCGGUGCUGCAGAGCCGAGUGCCCCCCCCGUGCCCCCCUCCUUUGCCUGCUAAGGAGAUGAAAAUGUCAGGGGAGAGAUUCUGUGCCCAGACCCUGCUUGGGUCUAAAUGAACCUUGGCUGGAAGCACUAACAGGGUGAAGAUUAAACUGACCAUCCAUCCAUUUACCCCCCCACCCCCACCCCUGAGCUGCAGCCAGGACCACAGGCUUGCUGAGUCAGCGCAUGGGCCUAGCUACGCAUGACGCCUCUGAUAUUUCCAGGCCCAGAAAGGUCAUGGAGGCUGCCUUGGUGGAGAAGGAAGGCUUCGUGCGGAGAGCCUGGAGGAGUCUGUCUGCAGGGGGCUGGGGCAGAGGGGAGGAGAGGCAGCCCUUUGGGAAGUGGUGCUGAGGCACAAGUGAAGCUGCCAUGCGCAUACCCUCCAACAUUUCUCCUGUGGAAAUAGGGAUGUCCCAUUCCAUCCUGAUAGUUCGACUAUACCCCACCCACCUGACUGGGUUGCCCCAGCCACUCUGGGCAGCUUCCAACAUAUAUAAAAACAUAUUUAUACAUUUUUAAAAGUCCCUAUACAGGAUUGCCUUCAGAUGGCUCAGGGGUCAGAUAACUCCAUACCCUUCAACAUUUCUCCAAUGAAAAUAGGGGCGUCUUAAGGGAAAGUGGGACAUUCCGGGAUCAAAUCAGAAACUGGGACGGCUUCUCUAAGUAAGGGACAUCCCUGGAAAACAGGGAGCCUUGGAGGGUCUGCCUGGGUGGUGUAGAGAUGGACCUCUCUGCCCUGGGAGUCCCAGAUACGGCUCACAUCAUCCGCUCCUCACAAUCCGCUCACACCACACCCUCCAGGGCCACUUGCUGGAACAGACAGAACAGGGAAAUGGUUCCAGGACUGAUCCCAGAGUUGUUUCUUAAAAGCCUUUGUUGUGAUUACGAAACACAAGAUGAUAGAAUCAGCCCUUGAAAUGGGUACUACAGAGCACAGGAAUCAUUGUUCCCUUGUGAGAUCAAGUGCCCAGGUACUCUUCUGGCCUAACAGGUGCAGAGCUCACCUUGCCAAAAGGAUCACAGUGAGGAAUUGGCACACAAAACUCAGCCUGGGGAGGGGGUGGACACACAGAUGAGAAAUGGGGAGCAAAUGCUCCAAACCUCCGUUGUGGGGAGAAUUUGACCAUCCUUUUCCAAGUAGGCGGGACGUGGGUAGCGCUGUGGGUUAAACCACAGAGCCUAGGACUUGCUGAUCAGGUUGGUGGUUCGAAUCCCUGCGAUGGGGUGAGCUCCCGUUGCUCUGUCCCUGCUCCUGCUCACCUAGCAGUUCAAAAGCACGUCUAGGUGCAAGUAGAUAAAGAGGUACCGCUCUGGCGGGAAGGUAAACGGCGUUUCCGUGCGCUGCUCUGGUUCGCCAGAAGCGGCUUAGUCAUGCUGGCCACAUGACCCGGAAGCUGUACGCCAGCUCCCUCGGCCAGUAAAGCGAUAUGAGCGCCGCAACCCCAGAGUCGGCCACGACUGGACCUAAUGGUCAAGGGUCCCUUGACCUUUACCCUUUCCAAGUAGGCAGCCUUGCCAAUUGUGUGCAGCAGCUAAAAACUUUGCCGUGUUGUCUUUGUACCACAGGGUUGGGGUUAGAGUUAGAGCCAGGUGAAGCAGCCUCCUGAACCCCAUGUCUGACAUUGUGUGUGGUUUGCACCCGAGAACGAGACGCAGGGCAUGAAACCUCUGGCUGGGACGCGGGCAAAGCGCUCCUCGCUGGGUGCAGAGCACCAUCCCCAAGCCCAGACUGAAGCCAUUUUGCGGCGCCUGAGAAGACCUUUCGCUUGGGCCGUGAGGACAAUUGCCUCUGUCAGGCGAAAUGGCCGAGUGUCAGCAGUGGGUGAAGGGCAGCCGUAAAUCUCCCACAGGCAGCCCUGUCCCAGCGCUUGCGGCUUAAUGGGGUGGAACAGGCUGGCCUUGGCUUGGAAGGAGCCUCAGGGGGUUGGCAUUGCCAAGGGAGAGGCUGCAGCAAAGGGGGCAUGGGCCUCCACAUGGCUCCUGCAAUGCGUGGCCUUUCUAGGAAUGUAUUUUCCAGGCCGGAAGAGAGACACCUACCGUAUUUUUCGUCCCAUAGGACGCUCCGUCCCAUAGGACGCACCUAGUUUUUUGGGGGGGAAAUAAAGGAAAAAAUGUUUUCCAGGUCGGGGAACAGCGGGAUGGCGGCACUGCGCCUCCCCGCUGUCUCCCGAGCUUGUGGGGCUGGCCGAUGUCUCCCGCAGGCUCCCCAGGCUUGCUGAUAGCUUCCUGAAGCCUGGAGAGCGCGAGGGGGGGGUGCGCACCGACCCCUCUCGCUCUCCAAGCUUCAGCGAAAGCCUGUAUUCUCCCCAUAGGACGCACACAGAUUUCCCCUUCAUUUUUGGAGGGGAAAAAGUGCGUCCUAUAGGGCGAAAAAUACGGCAUUUUAAAUUGGAUUUAGAUUGGACAACCUGUGAACUGUAGAAGUUUGGGGAAGGGCCAUAGCUGAGAGGUAGAACACCUGCUUUGGGUGCAGAAUGUCCCAGGUGCAGUACCUGCUUGGCAGCAUCGCCAGGUGGGGCUGUGAGAGGCUGCUGUCUCGAAUCCCAGAGAGGCAUUGCUGCCAGCCAGUGUGGACAUCACUGCGCAAGUAGACCAAUGGUCUGAUUCUGCUAAGGCAGCUUCCCAUCAGGGCCAGAUUUAGGCUUCAUGAGGCCCUCAGCUCCUGAAGGUAAUGGGGCCCUUUCUAUGUCCAGCUGUCCUUUGUCUACAACAAAUUGUCACUGUUUUUUUGUGUUGAAUAUAUGCUACAUGGUAAUUUAUGGACCUCAUAGGUAUCUCAAGCCAUUUGCACAUCACAAAAUAUGUAUUUUAUCAAAGUAAAUGUUGAACUGAAAUACAUUUUUAUGGAGCAGGCUAGCAGGCGGCGCCCAUGACUUAUAUAUUGUGGGGGCCCAGUUAAGCCCCACCGUGCAUAAUCAACCACAUGACAUUGAUGUGUGCACACACCAUGGGAAUGGGAAUGCACAUCAACUUUGUGGGGGCCCAGCCCCCUCAAAUAUUUUAUUGUGGGGGCCGAAGCCGCCACAGCCCCCAGUAGUGGGCCCAUACGCCUCGCUGCAUCUCAGGCAAAGGGAUUCGUCAGGAGGUUUCUUCCUUCGCCUGCUCCAGCUCCAAGCAAUGCCCCGGGUCGGAAGCCCCCCACCCCAUCAUGGCUCUCAACAGCACAUUGAUUUACUUAGACUCAGAGACUAGGGACCCUGAGGGUCAUCUAGUCCAACCCCCUGCAAUACAGGAAUUGUGCAUUUAUUCCUUUAAAUAUACGUGCAUGCCGCUGCAUAAGGAGGUUGAAAUGUGAAAAAUGCCUGGGGGAGGAGGAGAGGGGCUGGGGUGGGAUACUCCCCGUGGGCCCUGAGGCGGGGAAGGCGCAGGAGGCGCUGGUCUCGAUGGGAGCCGCGUCCCACCCGCGGCCAGGGCGCAGCCGAGCGGGGCAUCUCCUUGGCGGCGUCGCCUCCCUCCCCGCGCAGCUCCUUCUGGCCCCGUCUUUCUUUUUGCGGGAUUGCGCGUCCUCUGCUGCCGGUGGGAAGCGGGGCGCAGGCGGGAGGGAAGGCGGCGGGGCAGCUGCCGGAGGGCGAGGCGCCGCGGCGGGGCGCGUCCGUCCGGGGCGCUGCAGGGCGGCCGGUCCGUCGGGGCUGCGCGGCUCGUGCCCGCGCGGCGGCAGGCGAGGAGUUAAGGGUGGCCCCGCCCGCGCCGCCGCGGCUCCGCCUCCGCCGGUGCCUCCGCUCGCUCCGGGGCCGCCGCAGACCAGCCGCGAUCGCCGCGCCGCGCCCGGAGCCCCGACGCCGCCGCCGCCGCCGCCCUCGCUGCCCGCCCGCCCGCUCGCCCGCGCCCUCCGGCCCGCUGCUCCUCCCGUCCGGCCCGGGCGCCCCGCUGGCCCCGCUCCCCGCCGCCGCCGCCGCCGCCCGCCAUGUGAAGGGGGCCGGGGUGCUGCGGGCCGCCCCGGCGAUGGAGCGCGAGAAGGCGGCGUCGGGGGCGCGUCGCCCUGCGCUCUCGCUGCGGCUGGACGAGGCGGGCGAGGGCGGCGAGGGCGGCGGCGGGCGGGGGCGGCGGCUGGGCGGGCGGGGGGCGGCUGCGGCCCUCCUCCUACCGGGCCCUGCGCAGCGCCGUCUCCACGCUGGCGCGCAUCGACGACUUCUACUGCGAGAAGAUCGGCGCCGGCUUCUUCUCCGAGGUCUUCAAGGUGAGCGGCGAGGGGCCGCGCGGGAGGCCGGCGGGGGCCGGGGGAAAUCUGACAGCCCCGUGCCGGGCGAGCGGGGGCGGGGUGUCCUCCUGGGAGGUGGGUGGGCAACUCCUUCAGAGCCAGCCCCGUCAAGCCCUUGGGGUCCCCAGGCGGGGGGGGGCGCUGUGCCACUUGUGUCCCCCCCCCGGCCUGCUCGGGCAGUUGGCACGUAUGCCCGUGGUCUGGGCCAGGCCCUGUCGUGACAGCUGGGAGGCGUGUUGUUGUCAUGGGGCUGGCCUGGCGCCCUGGCACCGGGUGCUUUGUUCUUUGGGGUGGGGAGAGGGUGUCCCUUCCGGGCGCUCCCCACCACCCCGGGCCUGUUCUCCUCUGUCAGUGUGCGAGUGGGAGGGUCCAGCUCUCUCUUGACAGCCUGGGUGAGGUGGGAGGGGACGGUGCCAAGGGGCAGGGCUGGCAUUUUUCUGCCACUCUGGAGGGCGCAGCUGGGGCACACUUGGAGAAGCGGCACCCCCUCUAUGAGAGUGACCAUGUGGGCGCUGCCCUCUAGCCCCAGAUGUGGAGGCUGGGGUGCCCUGGGGCAGAGAGGAGGCAGCCGGCCAGCAUGCAUGAGGCCUGGGUGAGCUGGGCAAGGAUUUUGAGGGGGCCAAGGGGUGAGGCCCCCACGAGAGACAGGAAGGCAGGCUUGGAACAGGUGGCGGGUUGGUGCCCGAUGGCGGGCAGAAGGAAGGCUGCCCCUCUGUGGAUCCUUUGGCUUGCAGGGAGCUCCUCUGUCCUGAGGGCUGGUGAGGCUCCCGGGGUUCACCCUCACACUUGUGGGCCCCUGGCACGAAGUAGCUGGCACAGUGCCACUGCUCGGGGGUCAAAAUACCUUCUGUCCGCAUCUCCCCUUCCUUGGGAACUCACUCUGCCGCGCGGCUCAGAGCAUCUGCCUGGCAUGCAGAAGGCGCAACUUCCGUCCCCAGGAGAAAAACAUGGCGAGCUGAUGCUGCCAGUCAGUGCUUGCAAUACUCAGCCUGGUGGGCUGUUGCUCUGACUCUGUGCCUGAGCCCUUCUCUCUCAGCUGCGGCGCUGGCCUACCUCGCAGGCUUCUUGGAACAUCUCCUGAGGCGUGUGAAAUGCUGUUGUCCUCUGAGGGGGGAGCCGAAGGGGGCAGAGGGCGGGCCUGGGAGAGCCAGGGGGUCUGUCCUGCCCUGGCGGAGAAGGAGAGUGGGGCAGGGUGGGGAGGGGCCCGCUCCUUCGGCUGAGGAUGCCCCCUCCUUGUUUUUGUAAAGUGCCAGGGUCAGGCUCCGUCCAGCGCUCCCUCUUCCAGAAUAGCCAGAGUCUCUGCUGUGCCCGCUCUUCUCUGCACCCCUUCGGUGUGGGACCCCGAGUGACUGGAUCAACUCUGCCUGGUAGAUCCAUCCCUCUGGCCCUGGGGCUCCUCCAGAGUCACCCACGAGGUUUCGGGCACAAAGAUGGUCCUGGCUGGCAGCUGCUGCAGUCCGGGUGGCGUCAAAACCCUCUCCCCACACUCUCACCCCCUUGGCAGCUGCCUGCUCGGGGCUUGGUGCUCCUCUGCUAAAGGCAAGGCAAGCCGGGCAGGGGCUGAGGGACACAUCCUGACUUGGGAGUGGAGACCCGCUGUGUUCUGGACUGGCCACGUCCCUCGCAAGAGGCCUCAAUGCAAUCUGACCCUGAGCACCGUCCGGCCUCCUGCCAGUCAGCUGGCCUUCUGCCCAUGUGCAAACUUCCAGGAGAGAUUCAGGAGAGGGAAAAGAAAGCCCUUCUUCACACAGGGCAUCGCUGAACUGUGGAACUCCCUCCCACUGGAGGCCACCAACUUGGGUGCCUUUAAAAGAGGAUUUAGAUGAAUUCAGGAAGGGAGACCAAGCUCUCAGCGGUUGGCAGCCAGGAUGGCUUUGCUGUGCCUCCGCGGGGGCAGCCAGGCCUCUUCUGAAUCCCAGUUUCUGCAAACUUGAUGAGGGGUGAGGCUUCUGGGGCUCAGAUCCUGCCUGCUGGUUUUGGCUGCGGUGAGAACAGGGGGCUGGCUGAGGUGAGUCCCCUUUGGCCUGACCCAAGGCUUUUCUCUUGGCCUGCCUGCCAAUGCCACUUGCUUGCCCUGUGGCUGCUUGGGAAGGGGGCACCUUCCACUGCCAGCCCCGGUGCCCCGGAGGCCCCUCCCUUUGCAGCCCCCCCCAAGAGGGCGCUUGGCCAAGAACCACCCUCCCUCCCUUCCCAGGCCUCUCCUGGCCAGGCUCUUUGCACUCAGCCCUGAAGGUGUCCCAGUUGUUGUUCUCCGGAGGGAGCAGUGCAUGCUGGGAUCCUGCCAUGCCCGCUGCCGGCUGCCAGUUCUUGGCAGGACUUUGGGAAGGAGCAGAGGGAACGGCAGAGCGGCAAAGUCCCCGUCGGUGCCCGGGCAGGGGAGGAAGUGGGAGGGCUCUCAAUUAGUCCUGGCAGCUGGGCUGCGGGGAAGGGGCAAGGUGCAGGCGCUGAGGAGAUUGCACUCUGCACGUGUGUGUGUCAUGCAGGAUCCCAGGCAGGGCCAGUUGGGCCGGCCAGGGCUUUGCCUCGGCUCCUGAGUCAUCCGGCCUGGCCUUUCCAGCUUCUCUGCUGCCAGGCAGAUGCCACCCGCUUUUGGGCCAAGGGAGCCACAUGUGCUGCGCAUUCCUCGGAACAGCCUUGCUUUGCGGACGUAGGGCAGGCGGUUCCCCCUGUGUCGGUUCUUGCCAGGGCCAGCCGACGGCCUUUUGACCCUUGAGCUCAUCUCGGCCAAGAGGGCAAGCUCGGGUGCCACUCUACAAAUCCCGGUGCCCUGAACUCCCGGGUGUUUGGGCUGGCCCCGGAGAUUCUUGCAGCUGGUCUCCCUUGGGGGAUUUCGACCCAGGGUGGGCUGAUCACCUGUGGGGCUGGUGGCUUUGUGGGGUCCUGCCCUUUGCAGGGACCUGGCCCUCAGGCAGGGGAGGAGGGCAAGGGGGGCAGCCCAGGAGGGUCUCCAGUCGCCAGGACAGAGGCAGCUGCUGCUGAUCCUUUGGCCUUUUCCAGCCCCCAAUCCCCCAGAUUUGCCCCACUGUCUCCACAAAGGCAGCUGCGUCUGGGCAAAGGCCCUGUCUGCUCCUCCUCCUCAAAAAAGGACUUAUCCUCUGCAAUUCCAGGAGCAGAUACAGGGGUGUGUGUGUGCAUUUUGGGGGGCGGCUGAAACUAGGAAAAGUUCUUCAGGGCUGCGAAGGCCCCAUAGAAAGCCCCCUAACCAGAGACGCUGAGCCCCAAGGCCUGUAAAGUGAGAGCAGCCGCUCAGUGGCACGGAGCAGGAUUCGCCAGCCUGGCGCCCUCCAAAUGUCCUGGACUGCAGCCCCCCACCUGAUGGGAUUUGUAGUCCAAAACAGCGGCAGGGUGCCCGCUUGGCAGAGGCGCUGGGUGCAGGGCACGCAUUCCUCUUUUGGGCCUCUGAGCCAAGCGCAUUUGCUCCUUGGCUGCAUCAUCCUGGCACUGAGGCGGGCAUUCUGGAGCAGACCCCUAAGAGGAGGCUGGACUAGAUGCCCGCUGAGGUCCCCCUCAUCCUGGGUCCCACGAGAGGCCGGCCUGCCCUUGCCUGCAUUGCGCUUGCCAGCCCAAGGGGGCUCUUUGGUCUGAUUGCCGUCCCCCCGUGUCUCCUGGCACUGAUCCUGAGCGCCUCCGCCUUGGCUCCUGCCGGCCAGCGCUUGUUUCCUGGAGCCGCCCUUCCUUCCGUCCCUCGCUGGGUCGCUCCUUGGCCCCUUGCCCUUCCCCCACGGAGUGGGGGUGUGGACCCCCUCAUGCCUGGGCUGCUCUGUGUCUCUGGGCCAGUCCCAGCUUGCUCAAGUAUUUUGUAAAUAUUGGAAGAGAUGCUCCGGAGUCCUGGCUUGUGUUUGGGGUCUGGCGGCUGCCUUGGGAGUCAGGAAGGAGCUUUUCCGCCGCUGGAAUUGGCCGAGCUCCAAUCCUGGGCCUUUCCUGGCCCCUCGCGGCUUGACUUGCUCGCUCGAGUCACCUGGAGGUCUCUGCCUCUGCUUGCUCUGGGUGGCUUGCUAAAGGUCCUCUGGUUGCAGUGAUCAGGGGUGGGGCAGACCCUGCCUUGGGAGAAGGGGGGGGCCUUCUGGUCUCUCUUGCCCACCCCCAACUACAUACAGUGGGGAGCCCGCAUUUCUGCCUGGAGGUUUUCUGCGCAAGCCGUGCACAGGGUUUGCAUUUGUGGAUUUGCGUCUGUGUGUGUUGCACAUGUUCACAGUGGCAUUUGCCGAAGGACGCUGUGGGGCUUGGAGGCGCUGCCCUGCAGCCCUGCCUACCUCGCAAGGCUGGCGUUACCCCACAAUGAACAGCAAGGGCUCAGCCCUCCUCCUCUGGAUUUGGAAAACUGGAGCAGAAGCAAAAGCUUCCACCAUCCAAGGAAGACAGAAAAAUCAAAUUGUGAUUCCUGUAUCGUGGCGGGUUGGACUAGAUGACCCUUGGGGUCCCUUCCAACAAGCCUAUGAUUCCGAGUAGUCAAAGGAGGCUCCCGACAGAGAAAGGCAUUCACAAACACACAUGCCCCCCUGUCCCCCUCGGUGCCUGGGCCAGACUUCUGGGGCUCCUGGGGCCCCAAAUUUUGCUCGGUUGCUGCCUCCGACUGGGAGGGGUGCCCCAAGUUGCCCAGGCUUGGUCUGGAGGAGGGCAAGGCCUGGCACAGCCUCUGCCGCCUUGAAGGCUGCCCACCCACCCACCUGCCGGCCACGAGGAGUGGGCUCGGAAGCCGUUGGGGUGGGUGGGGAGGCCCAUCUGGGCCCCAGCUGCUGCCGGGAGGGAGGUGGGCGGCCGCAGCAGCAGCAGCAGAGCGGUGGAGCUUGGCUCUGGGAAUGUGCCCGGAUUGCAGGCCCCGUGCCAGGAGUGGGUGGCAUCGCUGCAGGAAUCUCUGCCUGCUCCUCUCGGAGCUGGAGAACAUCAACAGCCCCCCCCCCCCGCCAUGCACAGAGGAGCAGGCCAGCUCGUGACUCCUGCCUGCCUGCCAGCCAGGGUGUCCCCAGACCGGGUGCCAUUUCGGAUCCCCCCCCCCCCGUUUGGAGUGUCUUGGCAGGGGCCUGCCCUCCUCUGUGCCAGGGGCCGCUUUGAGGAGUGAGCAUUGGCCUCUGAGCCUUGUGUGCGAGGUGCCCCUGCCUCUGCCCUCUUGGGGGGGGGGACACCCCUCCCCCCCCUCUCCCCUCCCCCAGGCAGACUCUCCCAGCCUGGCCUGCCGCCUCAUCUCCGUCCCGGCUUGUGCCGAGAGAUUAUUAGGGUCAUUAGGUGCCGCGCCCAGCCCAGGCCUCAUUAGAGGGGAAUUAGAAGCCGGCUAAUCUGGGUUUGCCCCUGCUUUGCCCUGGCGGGCAGCCGAAGCCACUCGGAGGGUGCCCACCCACACAGAGGCACACAGCGGGGGGACUUGGAGCAAUAGCAGGAGGCAUGGAUUUUGGAGUGGGGUGUGUGUGUGUGUGUGUGUGUAGAAACAACCCCUUGUGAUCUCUGACCCGCUCUGCAGGGAGGGUGUGUGUGUGCGCGCACACCUCUUUGCAGUUUGUGGGGCCUGCCUUGGGCUUUUCAGCUGUGAUUCCUGCAUUGCAGGGGGUUGGUCUGGAUGACCCUGAGGGUCCCCUUCCAGCUCCCCCAUUCUAGGAUCUCUGCUGACAGCAGGACCAGACGGAAGAAAGCGAGGGGGGGGGGAGAGACAUGGGUGGCUUUUGCAGGACCUGCUGGUUGUUCCCCUGAUCUGGGGGUCCCUUUUACUGGGGAUUCCCCCUGCCACCCCCAGCUCCUUCUGUGCUGCCCCUUUGACUCUGGGGCUGGCUUGCCCCACUAGAAAGGUGCCAAAGCCUGCAGGGGCACAGAAGGCCUUGCUGGGGGUGGGAAUGGGGGGUGGGAAGCCCUUCCUGAGCCAGGAGGAGUUCUGAGAAAGCAGCAGGAGGGGAGAGGCUGUGGGGUUGGGGGGUGGCCGUGGGUCUUGGCCGAGGGCCAGCCAGACUGGGGAGGGGCCCCAGGCUCCCAGCCAGGGCAGGGGCUUCCAUGCCACUCUUCCUGAGCCCAGCCCUCCUCUGUUAGCUGCUGCAGCCUGGGCCCGGCUCCCUGGGAGGUGCAGGAGCAGUGGGUGGGUGGUGAGGAGGGCUGGAGCGUGUGGGGAAGCACAGCCUUUGAAGGGGUGGGGGUGGCAGCGAUGUGAACGUCUUUGUUAGAGAAGCAUAGCACUGGCAGGGACCACGAGGCAGGAAUCUUGUAAGUGUGGCCGCCUGCGCCCUUUGGAACUCCCUGCCUCUUGACUUCAGGGAGGCGAUUUCGCUGCACCCUCUUUUUCGGCGCCUGCUAGAAACAGGUUUUGUUUUGACAAGCCUCCCCAGAGAUUGAGAAGGUUGCUGCCGGUUUUAAUCCAUUUUUAUUCCGUUGUUAUUUUAGCUUUUUGAAAGUCUUAAAUUAUAGCUGUCGGUUGUUAUUGAUAAUUUUAUUGCUUAAUCUUUUUUGUGUAAACGGAGGCUUUCUUGAACAAACAAGCAGUGUAUAGAUUUCAUGAAAUAAAGGCGGAAUGACUUGACGCAGGAGGCUGCCUUGCCCUGGUCACCCCCUGCCCACUAGCACCUCCUCUGGCAGCCAGAGGCUCUCCCAGGCCAAAGAGCCUGGCAUCUUUUCCUUCUGGUGGUGGUGAGGGUUGCACCCAGUGUCCUUCUGCGGGCAAAGCAGAGACUUUCUCGCUGGCCUAGGUCCAUUGAACUGCCCUCCGAGGCACAGUCUGGCCGCUGGCCCACUUAGCCCGGGCAUCUCCUGCUCUGACUGGCAGCAGUGGCUUUGCAGGCCCCCCCCCCCGGGGAACGAGAGACACCCUUCGCCAGCUGGAGACGCUGCCAGGGCCCAAGCGGUGUGCCAGCCGAGGGAGGCUCUGCCCUGUCCUUGCCACCCUCCGCGUCUAUCAGCGGCUGGAUCAAGCCAGCUGUUCAUCAGGUUCUGCCACGUCCUGGUUUCAGAAACAGGCUGGGCUGUGCCCGUAUUUGUCUGCUUGUUGCCAACGCCAGUGUGGCCGUAAUCAGGUCAGUGCAGGCUGGAGCUUGGGCCAGCAGUGGCAGAGGUUUGCGAGGGUGGCGGAAAGGGGCGGAGGUUUUAAGCAAAGCUUGGAGGGCCACUGCAUUUCAGGGGUGGGUUGGAUGCCCCCUGGGGUCCCUUCCAGCUCUGUUGUUCUAGGCCUCUUUAAUGGGGGCUUUUUCCUCACUGCCGUCAUGGCCAGAGCUUCACAUGACAAGACCCGUUUCCCAUAAUCUUAUGCAGGCUGCUAGCAAAACAUUUCUCUGUCAUGGCAAGUUGAUGAUCUCUUGGUUUUAAUUUUCCUCUGCGGUUUUUAUUGCAUAUAAAUACCGUUGCUAUAAGCCUCUUUGAUUUUUUUUUUAAUGAUGUAGCAGUAUAUAAAUUUUUUUUACCCAAAUAAAUGAAUAUGCCGGUCUCUCCAGAGGCUACUGCCCCCAAUGCCCAUGUUUCACCUCCCCGGUUGGAGGAAGUCAAUCUCUGCCAAUUAGGCCAUUUGCUGGGAAUCCCAUGUCUUGGGGGAGCUGCUUGUGGGAUCCCUUUGGAGGGAUCUGGUUGUCCCCUGUGAGAACAGGGUGCUGGACCUGAUGGGCCUCUUCUGGCCUGAUCCAGACGCAGGCCUCUUCUGAUGUCCUUAUUUUGCAACCAGGGCUGGAGAAACACCAGGGACAGCUUUGAAGCGUCUUUCAGACUGUUGCUUCUCAUCAACAGCAAUUUUUUUAGUGUCCUGCCAUCUUUUCCUGGUUUGUCCUCAAACAACGACCCAGUAAGGCAGGCCAGGCCUCUUUCUAUUGUAGGAGCAGAAGAAAACAGUAACUUUAUUGCCAUAACUCUCACUUUGUUUUGCAUUUGUGUACUUAAACCUAGAUUGGUUUCUUUCCUUUUUUUUUUUGUAAUGUUGAAUUUAUUCUUUGUUUGCUAAAUUGUUGGUUUUUAGUUUACUAACAUGCUCUGUAUUUUGUAUAUUUGUGUUUUGAUGUUUUGAAUGUCUGCUGUCAGCUGCUUUGAGCAGAGCUCGUUUUGGAAAAGCGGCGUAGAAGUAAAAUCAGCCAACCAAGCAGCUGAGGCUCUCUCGGCUGAGAGUGGCCGCCCUGAACAGUUUUCGCUUCAUGCUUCCUGGAUGCGAACCCGUCUCAUUCCCAAAUGCCGCUGUGCACUAUGUUCUGGAUAUUCAGAGUAUUUGCACCCAUGUUCAAAAUCAGCCAGGCACAUUUUGCACCCGGCUCUCACUUGGGACCAUGAGAAGAUGCCCAUUUGCCCGGAUGGCGCCUGACGUCUCCCUCAGGGGAUCCUUGGAUCUGUUCUCAUACACUAGCAACGCAUCCUGUCGAAUUCUAUCAGUUAUACAUUAUCUGCAGAAUCAGAACGAAUUUCAGGAACCAAAAAGAUGUAUUGAAAAUUACAACUUUCAUGUCAUCUGCUCCCCAAAUGGCAACUGGGCACUCCAUUUUUGGCAGCUGUAACCCUGGUUUAAGGAGCCAUUUGGCACCUAGUUUCUAUAUCUGAGUUUCUAUUUUUGUAUAAUCAUUUUUAUUAGUUUUACAUAUAAUCACAUUGCGUAACAUCGUAUCUUCUUAAUAAAUCUUUUUGACUCAACUGAGCUUACUGGCUUCCCUCUCUCCUGCCUAAUAGUUUACAAACCUAAAUUUUUCAUCUUUGUAUUUCACUUCCUUUCCUAUUCUUGUUAUAUCAUUACCUAAGUUAUUACAUUGCUCAUCCUGAAUAGGUAGCCAUUUCAUCUUACAAAUCUUCAGAAAACCCUGCUAGUGAUGUUAAUUGCUUACAGUUGUCCUUCAAACAUAAUAUAAAUUUAUUCCAGUCUUUUUGGAAUGCUUGGUCUCGCUGGUUCCGGAUUCUUCCCGUCAGUUCUAUAUCUGAGUUUCUAACUCUAGUUUGCACUGAAAUUCUCCCAGAAAUGUAAACGCUAACAUGCAAUAAGCACAUCAGGAGGUUAAAAAUUCUCCUCUUCCAGCUGUUUUGAAAUCUCCCCCCAGCUGCGAGGGAAAGGGCACUGUGGCCCAAUCCUUUUGCAAUCCUUGCAGGCCCCAGCCCAGAAGUGCUGACGCUCAGCUCCUCCUGGGCAGGACUUCCCUAAGUGAGCGUUGGGCAGCCACCACAACCUCAUUAGGAGGCUUGUCUGGCUCCCAGGCUGGAACUUAUCUGGGCCAGAUCUGCCGCCCUGGCAUUUAGAGGAGGUGCCUUCAAAGAGCCCUUGCUGGGACAGAGGGGGCCACAAACUGGAGCGGGUUCCUUCUCGGCUGCCCGUGAUGCCGCCUUGUUUAGACGUAAACAGAGGCCCCAACUGUUCCCUCUUGCAUCACCUCCCUCCGUUCUGGCCUUUCCCUCGGAUGCUUUUGUGUUCCUUGGUGCUCACCUGGGUCCCUGGGUGGCGCUGGCUUCUGACGACCUUGAAAUGGGACCGAGGAGGGGAAAGGGUCAGGGAUGCAGGGAGGUCAGGAGCCGGCAGAUCUCUCUCUCUGUAUCUGAACGAUAAUCUUGGUCAUUUGAUUGCCCUUUUUACCCAUUGUUGUCUUUUUAAUUGUAUAUCUUGCUUGUUUUAUGUUGCUCUGGCCGUUGGCUAAUGCAAAUAAAGUUUAUCUAUCUCUCUGUCUGGCAAACGGGCCUUUCCUCCUGUGUCCGAAUGCUGGAAGAUCCAGGACAGAGAAAAGACAGUCCUUUUGCCCAUAGCGCAGAGUUGAACUGUGGAACUCCCUACCACAGGAGACGGGGAUGGCCACUGACGAGUGGCUUUAAAGAGGAUUACACCAAUUGAUAGGGGAGAGGGCUAUUGAUAGCUCUGUCUCCAUGGCUGGAGGCAGCAAUCUUCUGAAUAUCUCUUGCUGGAAACCACAGGAGGGGGAGACUUGCUCUUGGGCUUGAAUCCUGCUUGGCAGUUUCCCUUUGGGGCAACUGCUUUGCCACUGCAGGAUUAGAGAGCAGGGCUAGGAGGGCUCCCUCUGGCCUGAUCCUGCCGCCGGGUUCUUCUUCUGAUGUUCUGCUACGGCUAGAGUUUGGGUCAGCUCACAUUCUGGACUUCCUUAGGCGAAGUUCUCCCGCUGCUGUUCUGAGCCCCCUCUGCCGCAUUUAUUGAUUCUUCUUUCUGCAUUUAUAUUCCACCUUGAGCUCCUUGGAGAAAAGGUGGGGCCAUAGAAUUGUAGGAAGGGAGAUGCACAAGAUCAUCCGGUACAACCCCCUGCGUUUCAGAAAAUGAAUCCAAGCCAACCUGCUGGAUCCUCCCUGCCUGGGCUUUUAUGGUUGGCGGGGGCUGGUCCUGCUGGCUAGCUUCUGGCCUGGCUUUGGCACAGCAAGGGGCUGUGCGGGUUGGGAUGGAUGACCCUUGGGUGUCCCUUCCAGCUCUACAAUUCUAUGAUUGGAAGGACGAGCCAGAUCAAAGUGUCUGCGAUCGAGGAACAUUAACUCUGUUAUCUGGAGCCUGAUCAGUCAGGCUGGAUUCUGGAACAUGCUUGGUUUUAUCAGCCCUGCACUUUGGAGCAAAUCCUGGAAUGUGAUUUACGGUUUUUCUAUUCAUUUCUGUAAGCCCGGAGGACGGGCCCUUCCUCUGAAGGGAGCUGGCAGAGGGGCGGUUCUGGAGAAGUCUCUGCUGCAUAAAUGUCAGGCUCCAAAAUUGGACAUCCUGCCUGAAUAAACAGGCUGGGAAGGAGGCCUUAACUCUUGCAAGGCACUUGCAUUUGAAUUCAGGGGGAAAGCGCCAGACAUGAGUUUGGGGUGGGGUUUCCUUCCAUGCUGCUAAGGGAGGGGGAGGUGUGGGGGGAGGGGAGGGGAGUUGAGUUCAUGUGUGUGUCCCCCCCCCCCCGCAGUCCCAGGAAGAUCUGUGUCCUAUAGCAGAAAAAAGGGGGGGGGGGAAUCUGGCAGCAUGUUAGAAGGUAGUUCUGCUCCAAUACUGAGGACUAGAAGGCUGCUGCGUGGCUUUUCCUUUGGCCAGACCCAACGGCUGGAGGGUCUGUGGGGCUGGCAGCCUCCUUAGUCCUCCGUCUUGCAGGGAGUCCCUGCCCUGAGGUGCUUCUGCUCUGCUUGCGGGGGGCAGUGGCAGACUCUGAUGGAAGGCGACACCUGUGACAGGUGAUCUCUGGGCCACCAUUUGGUGAGAGAGAGCUCAAUAAUUGAAGGACUUGGCGGAAGGGAUGCAUUAGGGAGGCUGGGCUAUCGCCUUUCACACACCAGGCCUUGGCAGCAGUUGGGGAGACACACACUCUGCCCCCUCCUCCUUGCCUGGCACCCGAGAGCGUCUGCCCUGCUGAGCUCUGGGGCCUUGCAGGACAAUGGUGGGAAGAGGUGGCAUGGCCAAGGAGAGUCUUGGGGGUCUGUUUGUCCGGGGCACGGAAAAUCACCAUGGAAGCACAGAAUGGCUGAGUUGGAAGGAACCCCGGGGGUCAUCUAGACCUACCCCUCGUAAGGCAGGAAUAAACGCAGGCAGCAAACUCUCCUUCCUUAGAGGUUCUUAAACAGAGGUGGGAGGGGGCUCCAUCAGGAGUUUAUUAUUAUUAUUAUUAUUACAAAACUUAAAUUUUAUUGGACAUGAAACUGCCUACAGAGGUAUAAUCCUGAACCACGACACCUUGCCCCACCGGGGUGUACAUUUAUGAACUCAAAGCUUCGCUGUAAAUCAUUGCCGGGGCACCCAGGAAAGUGACGUAUUCCUGGAAGUUCACCACUUGGUCCCCAUUGCGGUCCUGAUCUUUCAUUAAUGCCUGUAUCUCUGCGUCCUGCAGUUUCGGUCCAAUGGUGAGCUUCUUCUGUACCAGCUUCUUCAAUUCCUUCUUGCUUAGGGUGUUCUUAUCGCCAUCUUUGCCGGCAUAUCUGUGGAAGGGGACAACCGGCCGGCCAAUAGCUUGGUCAAGAGGUGCUGCCAUGGUGAGAGAUCAGAGGCAAGAUGGUCCAGUGCUGAGUGGCAGGAAGCGAUGGGGAAAGUGGCAGCCCCGUCUGGAGUUUUUUAGCCAUGAUUCCUGCAUUGCCGGGGGCUGGACUAGAGGACCCUUGAAGGUCCCUCUAUGAAAGGCUGAUGGCAGCCCCACCCCACAGCAUCCCCUGACCUGAGCUGGGGGGGUUUAUGCCCUUGCCAAUCAUGCUGGGCUCGAGCCUUGGCCCACCUUGAGCUUCUCUCACCAGGCAGCCCUGCGCUGGGUGCACACUCAGCCCCAGAACGCUUCCAGGAUGAUGUGAAGGCGUCACGAAGCAUGUGAAGAGCACACUUGGGAUUUGGGGGCACAGCGGCUGGAGGAUGUGCUCUUCCACUUGGUGCAGGACAGCUCAGUCAGUAAAGCAUCUCCGGGUCGGGGGUUCAAGCCCCACAUGGGGCAAAAGAUUCCUGCACUUCGGGGUUGGACUAGAUGACCCUGAUGGUCCCUUACAACUCUGCAGUUCUGUGAUUCAGCUGGAUGGUGCUCUUCUUUAGAGACAUUCUGCGAGGGGCCUCCUUCCCUCUGGGGUCCUGCAGCCACCAGCCCUGGGUCUCCCCUGCCCCCCACAUCUGUUCUGCCCAGACCCCCUUGCCCCCUUCCUCCUCGUCUUCCCUGGGGCUGCAGGGGGGGGGGCAGCAAGAGGCGGCGCAGGAGGAGCAGACAGCCUCGCCCGCCGGGCCUUGGAGCAUCGACUAAAAAGGGCAAGAGCAGCAGCUGACGGCAGCAGCCAGGAAUCUGGGAGGCAGCCCCUCGAGGAGGACUCCCUGCAGGGCUGGGGGGGGAGCAGCUGCUGGGCCCGGCUGGCGGGGGGCUGCUGUCUCAGAGGCCUGCAGGUGUGGGCUGGCGCAGACGCCUCUCUCCCCUCCCCACGCCAGGAAGCCCAGCGGGGGGGGGGUCUUCCUUGGGAGCAGCUUCUGGCUGGGCUGUCAUGGAAAACCUCCCUUUUGCACAGCCCUUCUUCCCGCCCCCCAGCUGCUUCCAUGGCAUAUGGAGAGCUGCAGAGUGGGGGGGGGGGGCAGUGGCAAAGCUACCUGCUCUGGCACCGGGAGCGGCAUACAUCCAGGGGCAUGGCUGGAUCCCAGGGGAUGUGGUGUGCCACCUGCGUUGGGUGCAUUGGGGGGGGGGCGCAGAAAGCAGCACAUGUCCUGGAGCAUACACGGCAAGUGCCAAGCUUCCCGGAAAUGCGUGGCGAGCACCAAGCUUCCCGGGGGUGGGGGCAGCAGCGACGUCAGCCCCCCGAUGGCACCCGGGGUAGACCGUCCCCCCCGCCCUCACCUUCGUCCACCAGUGGGGGGAGGGAAACUAGGCCAGCACCAUGUCCUCAAAGUGGUGUGAUAGGAAUUUUGAGGUCUUAGAUAUGUGUUAAAUGUUCAGAAGUGUACCAGCCAAGCAUGUACAUAGAUUGUAUGUAUGAUGUAUUUGGGGGGUGGUCUGGAGCUCCAGGGCAGGGAAUUUAAAGUAUAAGGCCUGGGGCGCCAUUGUUCUGGGUUCCUCCUCCUCUCCUGCGUGUGAGCGAGGACCCUGUUGCAACAGAUCGAUAAAGAUCAAGCUUACUAGCUGCUUUGCUUCUCAAUAUUCUCUGCUUGGCCUCUGUGAUUUUCUCCUACCAAUAGGGAACCUACGUAAGGACUCUAUAUGGGCUCUUGGAUACCCCAUAAGGGAAAAGGGCAGGUUUUUGUUUACCACAGUGGCCAAUGAUCCCCCUCUUCUCAGAAGCCCACAAGCCCAGCAUGAGCUGAUGGCUGUUCAUAAAAAUGACAGACUGGAGGAAGGUUUCCUCCCUCUCUCCGCACAAAAGCUGGACCUUAGAAGGUGCAAGGCAGAUAAAAGGAAGGACUUGUGCCCGGGGCUUUCUGCCAGCCAGAGCUCACCAGAGCUCAGCUGUGGCACCUGUCAGGGGGGCGCCAUGGCCAUCCUAAGACAACAAGGGAGAAGUUCACGGUGAGCUCUGCCACCCCUUUUCCUAGAUAAAUCGCCCUGCCUGGGCUCUGCGCCCCUUCACAAACUUCUCGCCUUUUCUCCAAGCUAAAAAGUCCUUCCCACCUCAGGGAGCUUCUCCCAACACCCCCCCCCCCAUUUUGUGGCCCUUUUCUGAACCUUUCCCAACAAUAUCCCUUUUGGGGGGGGGCACCAGAACAGUCCUCCAAAUGCAGUUGCACCGCAGAUAACGGCAUUAGGAUGUUGGCGGCCGUAUUAGACGAUUGUUGUUGUUUUGUUUUAUUUUUAAGUUUUCCAGUUACACCUUUUUUCCAUACUUAUACAGCAAUUCUAUUUGACUUCCCACCCAACCUUCCAUGACAGAUUUUUUUUACAUCUUGGUUAGCUGCAUUUACAUUAAUUCCUUCACCUUAUUUUCCACACGCUCAUAUUUUCUGUUUCUUCCUUGAUGAUCCCAAGCAUGGAAUUUGCCUCUUUUGCGGCAGCUGCUGCUGUCUGGCUCUGCGUUGUCACUUGGACCCCAAAGUCUCACUUGUGGGAGGGGGGACCAUGAUGCCCCCACAAAGGGGUGCUGCCCUUGGGAACACCUUCCCCAAAGAAGUAAAGCUGGACAUUUUACCGUUUUAGCUCCUGCUUAUGAGGUUUUUAUUUUCCUGGGUUUUCUGAAUUUAUUCUAUUGUAUAUCAGCUGAGUUGAGGAAUUGUGGCUUUAUUAUUUUAUAGUUUGUCGCACUUUGGUUUUUAUUUCUCUUAAUCAUGCAUGGAAGGGGGUUAUUGGGUUGCUUAUGUUUUUAUUAUGCAUUUUGUCUUUUUAUAUUGUGAUUUUAUGUUGUGACCACCCUGAGACCUGGUAUAGGGUAUAGGGCAGUAAGGUAAAGGGACCCCUGACCAUUAGGUCCAGUCAUGGCCGACUCUGGGGUUGCGGUGCUCAUCUCGCUUUACUGGCCGAGGGAGCCGGCGUACAGCUUCCGGGUCAUGUGGCCAGCAUGACUAAGCCGCUUCUGGCGAACCAGAGCAGCGCACAGAAAUGCCAUUUACCUUCCCACCAGAGUGGUACCUAUUUAUCUACUUGUACUUUGAUGUGCUUUCGAACAGCUAUGUUGGCAGGAGCAGGGACCGAGCAAUGGGAGCUCACCCCAUCGCGGGAUUCGAACCGCCGACCUUCUGAUUGGCAAGUUAAACCUAACCCUCCCGCGUCCCUUAUAGGGCAGUAUACAAAUCCAAUUAUUAUUAUUAUUAUUAAUAAUAAUAGUUGUAUUUUCACGCCCAUGACCUUGGAUCCCUAUGUGGAUAAGGUGUGGUUUAGAAAUUUCAAGUGCAGCCUUUGCUGACCUCAUGAGCUGCCUCUCCGCUAUGUCUUCAUGGCUGGUUUCUCGGCCAAAGAGCCUCUUCAAAGUGCUUUGUGGUGAACUGUUGUGCAGAUCCAGGCGUCUCUCCCAGCCUAGACUCUGCACGGGGCGUGAUGGGGAGGUGACUGGAUUCCUGCAGAGACCCACCGGGAUGCCCCUGUGCCAUGCAGGGGUGCCUUGGUGCAUCAUGGGAGCAGAAGGGGCCCUAUCCUGCUCUGGGGCCUGCCCACCUGGGCUCCUGCUCCUAUGCUCCAACUCUUGGGGCUCAUAGAAUCCCAGAAUUGCAGAGUUGGAAGGGACCCCCAGGGUCCUCUAGUCCACCCCCUGCAAGGCAGGAAUCUUGUUAUCCGACCUGGAGCUCGUACCCAUGAGCCUGGCAUUGAAGAGCCUCAUGCUGCGCCAACUGAGCUAUCCCACAGGCAUCAUUGUCAUGCUGUGAGGGGAUGGGGAAAGACUGCUGCCUGUGCGACAUCAUGGGUAGGAGGUUGGACUGGGACCUGGUGGGAGCAGGGUUCGAAUCCUCACUCAGCCAUAAAGCUCUCUGAGUGUGACCUCUGGGGCCAGCCUCUCAGGGUUGUGGCUUUUGAGGAUUAAACAAGGAGGUGAGGAGAACCUUGUAGGCCACAUCAAACUCCUUGGAGGAAAAAGGAGGGAUAGAAAUGCAAUCAGGGCUGGAUUGAGGUUGGAUGAGGCCCUCAGCUCCUGAAGGUAAUGGGGCCCUUUCUAUGUCCAGCUAUACUUUGUGAACAAUGAAUUGUCACCGUUUUGAAUAUAUGCUAUAUGGUAAUUUAUGGACCUAAUAGGUAUCUAAAGCCAUUUGCACGUCACAUAAUACAUUGGACGCUCAGGUUGCGAACUUGUUCCGUGCGGGAGGCAUCUUUGCAACUCGCAGCAUUUGCAACCUGCAGCACCGCGUCUGCACACACGAUUUAGCACUUCUGCGCAUGCUUGAGUGCCAAAACCCGGAAGUAACCGGGAAUUAACCCGUUCUGGUACUUCCAUGUUUCGGUGCGUCCGUAACCCGAAAACGCACAACCUGAAGCGUGUGUAACCCGAGGUAUAAAAUACACUGUAUGAAUUUUAUCAAAGUAAUUGUUGAACUGAAAUGUUGCUGUAUGUAGGUUUUAUUUUAUUUGGUUUUUAUCUUACAUUUUAGAAAUGUCCAUCCAGUUGUUGUUUCCUUUAUUUUUUUGGGGGGGGGGGCCCAAGAGAGUGGGGCCCUAAGCUAUAGCUUGUUUAGCUUAUACUCAGGGGCGAACGACGGUGUCGUGACACCCGGGGUGGCAAACCAUGACAUCCGGCGCAUGUGCGGCUUCGCUACGUACAGCGCAUGCACCGUAGGUAGCGACGCCGCACAUACACCAUACAUAGAGGUUUGCCAGUGGCACUGCUUCCCCGCCGUAUGGACAGUGCCGGGAUCCUCCGUUCACAGCUGUAGCAAUGGUGGAGGGACCGCCAUCCAUACAGUGUUUGAGCGGUGCUGCCGGCAAACCGCUAUGUACAGCGCAUGCAUGCGACGCCACACAUGCGCUGUACAUCGCGGUUUGCUGCUGGCACCGGGAUCCUCUGCUCGCGGCUGCAGCUGCGAACAGAGGAUCCUCCACAUGCGACUGCGGUGGCCUUCUUGUCACCCCCCCAGACAUGGCACCCGGGGCACCCCGCCCCCCCCCGCUGCGAUGCCACUGCUUAUACAUAAAUCUGGCACUGAAUGCAAUAAAUGGCAACAGCUCCCCCCUCAAGGAACGGCUCCGCUCUCCCUGCAGGUGAGGCAUCGCCAGUCGGGGCAGAUCAUGGUGCUGAAGAUGAACAAGCUGAUGAGUAACCGUGGCAACAUGCUGCGCGAGGUGCAACUCAUGAAUCGCCUCUCCCACCCCAACAUCCUCCGGUGAGGCUGCCUCGGGGGGUGGGGGGUGGAUGGGGGGCUCUGGCCAAAGGGGGUGCCCAGCCUGGCCUGAGGGGGUUCCGGGCGCAGCCCCCCAACCUCCACCUGCCCUAGGUUUUUCGCAGGAUCCUCGAGGAACGUCUCCUGGAGGACUCUGGCUUCAGUUCAAAAAGGUCUGGGCAGUUGGGGCUCCUCUUGUGAAGUACAUAGAAGGGGGGGUCUCAGUGUUAGAAAGUGGGGAUUGAGUGAGCUGGGCUCCUCCUGCCCCCCAAAAGUCUGGAGCUCUGUGUCCUCCUUCCUAGUUGCCAGAGGUGCCGUUCCCAUUUUACAGACCGGGGACCUGAGGCUGACGGUCGCUUGCUCUUCUGCCCUGGGCAAGGGGUCGGAGGGGCGUGGGUGCCUCCCACCCCCAGGGCACAGUGCGUGAGGGGAGGGUUCCCCGGUGUCCUGACGGGUCCUUCUGUCUCCCCCUCUCGUUCCAGGUUCAUGGGCGUCUGCGUCCACCAAGGCCAGCUUCACGCGCUGACGGAGGUGAGGCUCACCUGCCUGCCCGCCUGGGCCCAGGAAAGGUGGACGGGGAGCCACUGCCAUCCCUCGAGGGGAGGCUGGGGGCCAGAGAGAGAGGCCGGGCGGAGGCUGCCUAGAACUGUAGAGUUGGCAGGGACCCCCAGAGCCCAUCUAACCCACCCCCUGCCGUUCCUCCUCCCUGUAGUACAUCAACGGUGGCAACCUGGAGCAGCUGCUGGACAGCCCCACCCCGCUGCCCUGGCCCGUCCGCGUCAAGCUGGCCCUGGACAUCGCCCGCGGCCUCCGCUACCUGCACAGCAAGGGCAUCUUCCACCGCGACCUCACCUCCAAGGUAGGCAUGGGGUGCCCCUCAGCCCCCUCCCCGCCCCCCCUCUCCUUCCUCGGACGCCUGUGACGCCUCUUGUUCCUCCAUCUGCCCAGAACUGCCUCGUGAGAAGUGAGGACAACGGCUACACGGCCGUGGUGGGAGACUUUGGCCUGGCGGAGAAGAUCCCCACCUACAGGUGAGGCGGGUGGCCCUUCCUGGCCAGGGGGAGCCGUGUGGGGUCCAGGGGGAGUCCUGCUGGGCUUCAGCUGACCUCUUUCUCUUGGCCCCCCCUUUCUGCUUCCUCCCCAGUGACGGGGGCGAGAAGGAGCCUCUGGCCGUCGUCGGCUCUCCGUACUGGAUGGCCCCGGAGGUCCUGCGUGGGGAGCUGUACAACGAGAAGGUAGGACCGUAAGGGGGGGCCAACGUGGGUCCACCCAGCCCCACAGCCUCUCCUCACAGGGAGACCUCAAGCGGUGCACGACGGCCACAGGGCUGCCCUCCCAGGCAUAGUCAGAAUCGCAGAACUGGAGAGUUGCAAGGGACCAUCGGGGUCAUCCAGUCCAACCCCCUGCAAUGCAAGAAUCUUUUGCCCAAUACGGGAUUCAAACCCACGACUCCUGAGAUUAAGAGUCUCAGACUCUACCAUCUUCGGAGGAUAUGUAGUCAUUGUGGCUAGUUGGACUGGGCAAUAUAUCAUCCAAAACCGGUUUGAAGCUCAUAUCAUGAUAUUGGUUUCAUAAUUUUUGACCUAGCAAUAUAUUGUGAAUCAGUGUGUGAUUUUGCUGUGCAAAAACCACAAUACCGGAGAAACCAUGAAGCCAGCUGAUGCCUCUGCCUGGCUCCGUCCUUAUUCCAGACAUUGUGGUAUAUCAGUGCAUCAUGAUUAGGUAAACGGCGUUUCUGUGCGCUCCAGUUUCCGUCACAGUAUCCCGUUGUGCCAGAAGUGGUUUAGUCCUGCUGGCCACAUGGCCCAGAAAGCUGUCUGUGGACCAACGCCGGCUCCCUCGGCCUGAAGCAAGAUGAGCGCCACACCCCAUAGUCGCCUUUGACAGGACUUAACUGUCCAGGGGUCCUUUACCUUGUACCUUUUAUUUUGUGAUGUCUAGCUGAUGAUAUAUAAUACGAUAUUGACAACCAGAUAUCGCCCAGGCCUGGUAGCUGAUGGUCAAGAAUAGGCUCACCCUCCCUGAAUAAUAAUAAUUAUUAUUCUCUCCUGGUCUGCCCCGCGGAGGACCUUAAGGUCCACAAAUGACAACAUUUUGGAGGUCCCAGGUCGCAAGAUUGGUCUCAACUAGGGCCAGGGCCUUUUCAGUACUGGCCCCGAUUUGGUGGAACGCUCUGUCACAAGAGACUAGGGCCCUGCAGGAUUUGACAUCUUUCUGCAGGGCCUGCAAGACAGAGCUGUUCCACCUGGCAUUUGGUUUGGACUCAGUCUGACUCUUAUGUUUCCCUCCCCUUAUGGUUUUGACUUUUAAAAUGAGGCUGUAUUUUAAAUUGUUUUUCUUUUUUUUUAUUCUGUUUUUACUGAAAUUUUAUCGGUGUUAGCCGCCCUGAGCCCGGCUCUGGCCGGGAAGGGCGGAGUAUAAAUAAAUUAUUAUUAUUAUUAUUAUUAUUAUUAUUAUUAUUAUUAUUAUUAAUACCCUGCCCAUCUGGUUGGGUUUCCCCAGUCACUCUUUUAAAGCCAUCCAAGUUGGAGGCAGUCAGGACGUCUUUUGAGAGGGAAAUCCCUUGUUCGUGUGCUGCAUGGAGGAAUGAAUGUCAGAACGAUAGAAGAGCCUGCAGGAUUGGGCCACAGGCAGCCCCUUGAGUCCAGCCUCCUGCGCUCUCUCAUAGCGCCCAGCUAGAUGCCUCAGUGGGAAGCCAGCAAGACAGAGGAGAGCCGUCCUGGCUAGUAGCCUUUGAGAGCCCUUCUCCUCAUGAAUUUCUCCCAUCCCCUUUCCCAGCCAGAGAAUUAAGGGGGGAAGUGGGGUGCACAGGGUCAGUCUGGUGUUGGGCAGGGAAGCUGACCAGGAGGGUGAGUGGGUGUGGGGACUGUGGGCCUGGACCACAAAUACCAGGGGGUAUGGGGGGGCUCUUCUUCUGUCCCCAGUUUCCCUCUGGGUCUGGGGGGUGGGCUGGAGCCUCUUUUUGUCUCCCCCUCCCCUGAGUGCGCAGGGGCCCUUCCUGCCUCACUGCCUCCCUUCUCCCAUCCCGCCAGGCUGACGUCUUUGCCUAUGGCAUCAUCCUCUGUGAGACCAUCGCCCGCCUGCCGGCCGACCCGGACUACCUGCCCCGCACUGAGGUAAGACCCUCCCUCCCUGUGGGGGCUGCUUCCUCCCCUUGCUCUGCUAGGCUCCUUUGGGCAAACCACUGCAUUUCUUCUAGGUGUCUGAGGGGGUCUUCUGGGGGCCCUCCGAGACCCUCCUGGCCUCAUGGGCACAAGACAGGCACUGGUUUUGUUGUUGUUUAGUCAUUUAGUCGUGGCCGCCUCUUUGUGACCCCCUGGACCAGAGCACGCCAGGUGUAGGAAUGUUCUGGGGUGCAGGAGAGGAUAUAUUGACUAAUUAUAUCCUUAUCCAACUUGUGCUAACAAGUUCCCAAAAUAUCAGCAGAGUUUAUAGACAUUCCCCUUUAAGUUCGCACGUAACGUGCUGCACAGGUUCGCUAGAACCUCUAUACUAGCUACUCUGGUACUGGUCUCGUUUGGUUCCCUCUCAAAUACAAGACACGACACAGUCUUUGCACAAGUAUAAGAGGUCUACUCACGUUCUGUUCACAAUAUGAUCCCAGAUGGCAGACAGCUUAAAAGGUUACAUACGUUCCGAAUCUAUCUUAUAGCCAGAUAGUCCUCUCCUCUCCACAGUGGCUGCGAGCCAAGAGGCAUCUGAUCAGAUGCUUCCUCAGCGCAGCAACAUGGCAGAGAGAGAGAGAUGGCUGCCUGCCCUGUGCUUUGUCAUUACCUGCACAAGUGAGGCCACACGCACCUCUGGUCACAUGCGGAGGAAGUCCGUCCCCAGGAAGUUUACCUGCUUGCUGGACAGACAUCCCUCCCCAUGUUCUAACAUGUACACUCUAGGAAUGUUGUCAUUGACUGCUCCUGUGUUUACAUCCCACACCAGGCACCCCUGUCUUCCACUGCCUCCCGCAGUUUGGUCAAACUCAUGCUGGUAGCUUCGAGAACACUAUCCAACCAUCUCGUCCUCUGCCGUCCCCUUCUCCUUGUGCCCUCCAUCUUUCCCAACAUCAGGGUCUUUUCUAGGGAGUCUUCUCUUCUCAUGAGGUGGCCAAAGUAUUGGAGCCUCAGCUUCAGGAUCUGUCCUUCCAGUGAGCACUCAGGGCUGAUUUCCUUCAGAAUGGAUAGAUUUGAUCUUCUUGCAGUCCAUGGGACUCUCAAGAGUCUCCUCCAGCACCAGAAUUCAAAAGCAUCAGUUCUUUAGCAAUCAGCCUUCUUUAUGGUCCAGCUCUCACUUCCAUACAUCACUACUGGGAAAACCAGAGCUUGAACUAUACGGACCUUUGUUGGCAAGGUGAUGUCUCUGCUUUUGAAGAUGCUGUCCGGUACUUAGACUGAAAAGUCACCCUGUGCUCGGGACUCGAGAGGAGAGUCUUUCAUACCAGCAGAGUGAAGUUCAUGCUUAAAUAUUUGGGUGGCUGUUCUGAACUAGCAUGACUCCAAAGCGACCCAGGAGCAUGAGAUGUAGAGUUGGGGGAGCCUCCAGGGGAAAGGGGUGAAGGGGGCUGAUCUGCAGUUGCCUGUGGAGGGGGCCACAGCUGGAAAUGCCUGUACCAGGCCUGGCCGGAAUGGCAUAGAACAUUGAGGAGGGGCUUUCAGGUCUUCAUGGAGGUGGGAGUUCCUCAGAUGGGAGAGAGGAAGAGGGGCUGGGAGGGGAAUGGCUUGAUUGGGUCCCAAGCUGGGGGUGGCAGACUUUGUGGGAUUCCUCUCCUUCCCAGAACCAGGUGCUGGAGAUAUUGGGUUUUGUUGUUGUUGAGUCAUUUAGUUGUGUCCGCCUCUUCGUGACCCCAUGAACCAGAGCACGCCAGGCAAAUGCAUCCCUUCCUGGCUCCCUCCCAGGAGACUUGGGGAGGCCCUUAAUUGCACCUAUUACCAGUGCAGGUGAGGAAGGAGGUGAUAAUUGGCCCUCCUCCGCAGCCCCUUGAGGAAUGCUGGUCUCCCAGCUCACCUGGGCUGCUUUGGAUAACCUGUUCAUGCAAACCAAGAGAGCUUUCUCUCCAGGGAAAGGCGGAGCUCAGCUGCCCAGGCAGGGACUUUCCCAGCACUUGGUGCCUUCCAGGCCUUCUGACUACAACUCCCAUCAGCCUCAGCGCUGUCAUGUGACCAUGCUGGCUGGGGCCGGUGGGAGGCGGAGUCCAAGGCCUCUUGCGGUUGGGGGGCACCAGGGGUCAUCUCUCCUGGCUGCCCUGUGGGAUUCAUAGCGCAGGAAUUUUGCAGGAAAAGGCUUCGAAGCAUCUUUGGGGAGCUUUGGUCCUCAGAUGGUGAAGGGAGAGCAAAGGGUCCUUUGAGAAGCAGGACUUCAUUUCGGAGACAGAUAACGCCCAAUAUCAGUUUCCAGGGCCUGUAUAAUUUGGAUAUUUUUGGAACAACUGAGGGCCAAACUAGACAUUAUGUUCAACGUCAUAGUUUGGCAUCAUGGGACAUAUUUAUUUUUAAAAACGACUUUGAACGGUAUAUUGCUGGGGAUGUGUCGGAUAUGAGGACCAUUCAUAGCUGUCAAUUUUCCCUUUUCUUGCGAGGAAUCCUAUUCGGAAUAAGGGAAUUUCUCUUUAAAAAAGGGAAACGUUGACAGCUAUGGGAUCAUGGCAUGAGGACAGCUUCCCCCUGCAGUUAUCGAACUCUCUUUCCGAUCCUAUGAAAUCCCCCCCACACUCCUCUUUGAACCCGGAGGGGCGUUUCCACUGUUCCCUCCCUUCCAGAUAUAGCAGCUGCAGUGUGUCGGGGGGUGCGCCCUUUUUUGCACAUCUCCAGCGAUUCCCCUGGAGGAGAGCGGUGCUACUUGCUGCAUUGUCUCUUUCCAACAGAGAGGGGUUUUUUUUGGGGGGGUGCACUCAGUUGCUGACUGCAGUUGAGCAGUUCACUUUAAGGAAGAAGGAGAAAACUUCUGGGUGGGGGGAUUCUGCCCCCCCAAAGUCCCUCCCUCCUGCAUUUCACAGAAAGAAAACCUGCUCCUAGGAGAGCAGCCCGUGCUUUGUCUCAGCGGCUUCCCUGGAGCCCAGCGCCCCCACCUUUUGCCCUUGGUGCUUCCUGGGAGUCGGGCCAGGAGCUUCUCCUCUCGGUUGCCGUGGAGCCGCCUGCCUCAGAAUUGGGCCACGGCCCCCUCUCUCCUGGGCUGUGUCCUAAUAAUAGGUUGCCCUGGAAGGCGGCCUCUGGGUUGGGCGUUUCCGGAAUGACAGCUCCGUGACCCAGAACCUCUCCUGGUGCCCAGAUGGAGAGGAGCUUCUGCCUGGCCGUGCCGGGCAAGAGAAAGGGGCUGGUGGGGAGGAAGCCCUUGCUGUGGUAGCCCCCUCCCCACCUCUAAUUCCACAGCAGCCUUGACUUCAAGAUGAAGAAGACAGGAGGGCCGCAAAGAGACCCCCUGGGUUUUCUUCAAGACUUUUUCUCCUUUUUGCUUCCUGAAAUUUGUUCUGAUUGUGCAGAUAAAAUAUCUCAGAGAGAAUUCGGCAGGAUGUGUUGCUAGUGGGUGAAAACAGGCCAGAUCCAAGGAUCCCCGGGGGUGCACCGUGUUGUAAACAAAAUCUGCUCUUUCCCCUUAUGGGGUACCCAAGAGCCCAUACAGCGUCCUUACUUAGGUUCCCUAUUGGUAGGAGAAAAUAACAGAGGCCAAGCAGAGAAUAUUGAGAAGCAAAGCAGCUAGUAAGCCUGAUCUUUAUUGAUCUGUUGCAACAGGGUCCCCACGAAGGGAGGGAGGAGAGAAUGCAGAACAAUGGGUUCCAAAAUGACUCCCAGGCUGCACCCCUGGUCCUUCAGGGGCACAGUUACCCCAUUCAGGACCAGGGAGUCUUCCACACACCCCGCCCCGUCCCCCCAAAACAGGUCUUCUCUCUUGUCAUCUAAUUUUAGAGUGUCAGCCCCCCACUCUUGAUGAUUGUUUGAAUGUUGCCUGUGGACGGCAUAGUUCAGAUAAUACUCCAUCCCCAGAACUGCCCCAUCAUCCCAGAAAGAUGCCUGCUCCUUGAGAUAAAGGCUGCCGUCCUUCCGUCUCCGGAGAAUGCCAGAUGUGUGUGGGGGGGGAGCCUCUGCCAGGCUAAGUGCUUCCUCUUUUGGAGGGGGGCGUGGAGAGAGGGGCUGGUCCACCCUCUGGCCCUGCGGAGAAGGCCCUGCUUGCCCCCUCGUGGCCGGGGGCUGCGUUGCACAGAUCUCUCUCUCUCUCUCUCUCUCUCUCUCUCGGCGAGGGAGGGGCCUGCAAUAGCUCCUCUAGGCAGGAUGAGCACAGAGCCGAAUUAGUUUCCUCCUCUCACCAAUACUUGUGAUCCUGCCAUCAUUUUUGGCUGGGUCUGCACUGACCACUUAGCUUAGCUUCUCCAAAUGCAUGUCAUGUUUGGGUCAAGCAGAGAGGGCGACAGAGGCUCAUGAAUUGAUUUUAGAAUGUAUUUCAAUUAAUUGAUUGUGAUUUUAUGUAAACUCUUUUAUUUUACAGUUGUUAUCCGCUCUGAGCCCGGCUUUGGCGGGGGAGGGCGGAAUAUAAAUAAAAUUUUAUUAUUAUUAUUAUUAUUAUUAUUAUUAUUAUUAUUGGUCUCCAGCAGGCUCUCGGGUAGUGGUGGCAAAACCUUUAGAGAUCGAGUGCCCAAACUGCAACCCAAACCCACUUAUUUUUCGCAAAGUGCCAACACAGCAAUUUACCGUAUUUUUCUGUGUUGUUGAGCUGUUUUGGGGUAAGGAAGGUCAUAAGAACUUAAGGAGAGAUGGCUGGAUCAGGCCAAGGGACCCACCUAGUCCAAAUGCCUGUGCAAAACCAGCAAGCAGGAUUUGAACACAAGAGCCCUCUUCUCCCCUCCUGCGGUUCCCACUGACUGGGGCACAAAAGCAUUGCUGGCUCCAACCGCAGAGGCCGAGUCCAGCCCUCCUGGCUAGUAGCCAUUGCUAGCUCUCUCCUUCUCCAUAAAUUUGUCUAGUCCUCUUUUCAAAGCCACCCAGCUUCCAGUGGCAGUGAGUUCCAGAGUUUAAGUAUGUACUGGCUAAAGAAAGACUUUCUUUUCUCUGUCCUGAAUCUCCCAAUGUUCAGCUUCCUUGACUGUCCACAAGUUCUAGGGUGGAAGGAGAAACUCUUCAUUUUCUCCAUGUCAUGGCUAUUUUUUAUUUUUUUUAAAACUUCUAUCAUGUCACCUGUUGAUCUUUUCUCUAAACUAAAAAAUUCCCAAACGCUGCAACCUUCCCUUUAGGGGAGUCUCUCCACCCCCUGGAAAAUUCUGGUGGCCCUUUUCUGAUCCCUUUGCAACCCAGAAAUACCCUUUUUCAGAAGAGGCAUUCAGAACCAGACACAGCCUUCCUGGUGUGAAUGCAGAUUUGUAUAACGGCAUUAUGACAUCGACAGUCUUCUUCUCGAUUCUUUCCCUAGUGAUGUUAACGGAAAAAUCUGAGGGCUCCCUUGGACAAAAACAAAGACACCAACCAGGAUAACUUGGAGCAAAACAGCAGCCUGUAGGCUUGGCCUUUAUUGAUCUGUUGCAACAGGGUGUUCCCCUCACUUGCGAGAGAGAGGAAAGACCCAGAAAGAUGGUGUGCAAAACCUUAUAAAAACUUUUGAAAUUCCCAUCCUCUAGGUCAAGCCCACCCCAGAAACAUCAUGCAUACAUUACAGAAAGGAGGGGUUGAGGGAGGAGUUGUGGUGGUAACCUGAGUGUCCUGUCACCUGGCUGGUUCCCCCUUUCCCCAUCCCCAUGAGUCACUUCCAGGAGACAAAGGGGAGUUGGCAGUUUCCUGCCCCCAGAGGGAAGAGCUGAUUAUUGUCCUGUGUUCCAGUCCGUGCUGAAUUCACUCCCAUAUGCAAGUUCUUUGUGAUCUUGAUGGUCUUCUGUCUAGGACCAUCAGGGUUGGCAUAGCAACUGGGCAGGGCUCCUGUGGAUGUGCUGGGAUGGUGAAGGGAUUAUGGCUGCCCUGUAUCAAACCUUCCCCAUUUUGUAGUCCUUUCUUCAUGGAGUAAAAUAAAAGUGGAACAGUGCAAAUCCGAUGUAUGGUUGAUUUUCUAUGAAUUUAUAACAGAAGCGUGGCGUAUGUGGUGUGUGAGUGUGUAUGAAGUUUGUACAAACUGAAUGAUUGGGGGGGGGGGUUUCCUGCGACAGUGAUCCCUAGCAUGGGCCAUUUUCUGCAAUUUAAUCUUUCUUGGUUUUAAAUAUUGAAUCCAUUCACCACAAAAAGAACUGCAGUUUAAACUUUAUUGAUUUUAAAUAUUGGGAACUGGCCUUUCUCGCGGCCGAACUCACCUCCCUCUCCCUUCUUCCCUGCAGGACUUUGGGCUGGAUGUGGCUGCUUUCUGCAACCUGGUGGGAGCCGACUGCCCUGCAACAUUCCUCCAGCUGGCCUUCCACUGCUGCAGCGUAAGACCCCCCCAUCACACCCCCACCCCCAGACCUGAAGGAGCCUUCAGGCUGCCAGACCCACCUGCCAGAAGGGAGCCUCUUUGCCCCUCCUGGCCCUAUACGCCUGCGAGAGAAUCAGCCCUGGCUGGGUGUGGUGGUUUUGCAGGGGCUGGAGGGGGGCAAAUCCUGAGGAAUACAGAGUCCCAGCCCCAGCCAUGACCAUGAAUGCAUAUCACUGGCCUUGAGAGCAGCUUUUGGGUUCAAUUUAAAGGAAGAUUUCCUGGCUACUUCCCUCCCUUGAGAGUCCUCUGCUUCACAAAUUUGUCUGACCUUCUUUUAAAACCAUGCAGCUUGGUGGCUAUUCUAGCCUACGGUGGCAGGGAGUUCCACCGUUUAGCUACAUGUCACCCAAAGAACUACCGUAUUUGUUGUUGUAUAAGAUGAUGCUUUUUGCUUAAAGGGGGGGGGGGCAAAAAUUGGGUGUCAUCUUGUAUACAGAUAGUGAAUAUGUGUGGGGGGGUGAUUAAUGGCAGAAGCAAGCAGGAGAUUGGCAGGGGCAAUGGGGCGGGUGUUUGGCGGCUGUGGCCAGGCGGGCAGGCAAUUGGCAGCUGCGGUGAGGUGUGCGAUCGGCAGUGCGGGGCAGGUGGGGGAGCAAUUGGCAGAAGUGACCUCCCCCACGUCCCCCAAAAGUUGAACAACUUAAUUUUGGGUUAAAAUAAAUAGGGGUCGUCUUAUAAAUGGAAAAAUACAGUACUUCCCUUUAGGGGGGACUGAAGUCGGUGAGAACUGCGUACCAUGCCCAGAAAUCUGUCCUGCUCCCAGUCUGCCUCCCCCUGAGGCAGGCUGGACCCCCCGCUUUCCGUCCCAUAGACCCCCUUGGUUCCUGGCCAAGGCGACCUUUUUGUCUGCCGGGGAGGCAGCAGCCCACCAAGCCCCACCCCACCCACAAAGCCUUGGGGCUUUGUUUUGCAAGUGCCCCUCCCCACAGAUGGGGGGUGUGUGUCUUCUGCUGAGCCAGGUGCCUUCUCCCCUCCCUAGAUGGAGCCCACCUCGAGGCCCUCCUUCCUGGAGAUCACGCAGCGCCUGGAGGGCAUCUUGAAGCAGCAGCUGGCAGCCAGAGACGCCCAAGACGCCCUGCAGAGCGACAGGACCAGCACCCCGGGGAGCCCGGCACUCUCCCUCCGUGGUAACCCUUCCCAGUUUGGCUUUCGAUUCCUGUGUCACAGCGGGUUGGACUAGAUGACCUCUGGGUCCCUUCCAGCCCUGCAAUUCUUUUUUUUUUAAAAAGAUAAUCUUUAUUAAUUUUUUAGUUACAUACUGUACAUUACAUUUUACAUUUGUACUUGCUCCUAAGAGCUGACUUUCCUCCUUCCUUCUUCCGGCUUUUUUAUGUCGUCUUUAACUUUUCGCAUUGUCUUCAGCUCUGCAGUGCUAUGGUUCUAAGUGCACAGCCUGUUUGGGACAAAGGCAUUGGACUCUAAACAACAGCUUAAAAAGUAUUCCUUUUAGCCAGCCUUCUGCCAACUGCCUUGCCUUGAAAGUGGCAUAUAAUAUAUUUUUUUGCAAAUUAGUAUUCUAUUUAUUCAUUACAUUCAUACAUCACCUUUUCCUCCAAGGAGUUCAAAGUGGUUUGCAUGUUCCUCCUUUGCAACCAGCUUGAGAAGUAAGUUGGGCUAAGCGCCAGGGCCUGCCUGCCAAGGUCAGUUUCCUAGCUGAGUGGGGAUCUGAACCCUGGGCUCUCCCAGCUCCUAGUCCAGCACUCUAACCACUGGGCAACACUGUAGUGUCGUGGUAACGCCACGCCUGCUCCAAAGGACUCCUGCCCUCCUGAGUGAUGUGGGUCCAAGCGACAGCCCUCACUUGGUCAUGGAAUCAGAGAACGGCAGAGCUGGAGGGGAACCUAAAGGUCACCUAGUCAUCAUGCUUUGAGGUCUGCCUCUGGGCGACCCCCUGACCACCCUUUUCUCCCUCUGUUCCAGACAAAGCCGCCCAGGACCCCCUGCUGCCCGCCAUGCCGCCCAGCCUGCUGGACCAGCCUCCCGUGCCCCCGGACCAGCGCCUCUCGCGCAGCCAGUCGGACAUGGUGCCGCCCAGGGCGCCCCAGGACACCCCGCAGCGGGUCAACCCCUUCUCCCAGCGCCACGACCUCCAGGGCGGCCGCAUCAAGCUCUUUGACACGCCCAGCAAGUCGCUGAUCUCGCUGACCUUCGACCUGCCGCCCCCCUCGCCCUUCCCGCCGGGCACGCCCGUCACCCCGGAGCCGGCCGUGGAGGCCCACUGCGACUUCUCCGAGCCGGCCGCCCUGGCCCGCAGGUGCCGCUCGCUGCCCGCCUCCCCAGAGAUGCCCCGCCGGGGGGGUCCUCGUCCCCCCCAGCCCCUCCUGUCCCUGGACUGCAGCAGCCUGGAGCGCCCCCUCCGCUCCCCUCCCUCCAGCGAGCUCAUGGACACCGGUCCCGACAGCCCCCCCAGCGCCCUCCCUGCGGAGCCGGCCGCCCCCCUGGCGCCCUCCGUGGCCAACGGCAGCUUCAUCCGCACGGCCGUCUCUGGGAUGCAGCCCUGGCCCUCCAACGGGCUGCUCUUGAACAACAACAGCAAGCCCCCCAGCUGGGGAGGGGGCUUCUCGGAGCUGAGCGUGCCCCCGCCCGGCUCGGGGCCCCCGCUGGAGCACGCGGGGUCGGCCCUGGCCCUGAGCGGAGGGGGCAGCGUGGGGGUGCUGGAGCAGGAGGAGGUGCUCAGCUGUCCCGCCUGCUGCCUGGGGCCCUUUGGCUUCAGCUUCGCCUCCGUCUGCCACCGGCCCCCCGCCAGCGCCCCCGCCUACCAGAACCUCAACUGCGAAGCCAAGAGCCUCCUGUGUCAGGAGAGGCACCACAAGGGCCCGGUUCUGGCAGAGCCCAGCCUCAAGCUGCCCGAAGCACAGUCCUAA